AUGAUCAGAGAAGUUGAGCAAGCCUCCGUGAACACUGAUGUGGUCUCGGUGAAGAGUGAGGGAGAGGAUCCGAGUGGGCUGUUGAAGAACUUUCAAGAUCUGAUGCGAAAGCAAAGGCCAGAAAGAGUGUCUCACCUCCUCCAGGACAACUUGCCCAAGACCAUUUCCACUUUUCAGUAUGAUCGUUUCUUUGAGAAGAAAAUCGAUGAGAAGAAAAAUGACCACACCUAUCGGGUUUUUAAGACGGUGAACCGGAGGGCACACAUCUUCCCCAUGGCAGACGACUACUCGGAUUCCCUGAUUACCAAGAAGCAGGUGUCGGUGUGGUGCAGUAAUGAUUAUCUAGGCAUGAGUCGCCACCCACGGGUGUGUGGGGCAGUUGUGGAGACUUUGAAGCAACAUGGUGCUGGAGCAGGUGGCACUCGGAAUAUUUCUGGAACAAGUAAGUUCCACGUGGACCUGGAGCAGGAGCUGGCCGACCUCCAUGGCAAAGACGCGGCCCUCUUGUUCUCCUCCUGCUUCGUGGCCAAUGACUCUACCCUCUUCACCCUGGCCAAGAUGAUGCCAGGCUGCGAGAUUUACUCGGAUUCUGGGAACCAUGCCUCCAUGAUCCAAGGAAUCCGGAACAGCCGCGUGCCAAAGUACAUCUUCCGGCACAAUGACGUCAGCCAUCUCAAAGAACUGCUGCAGAGGUCCGACCCCUCGGUCCCCAAGAUCGUUGCGUUCGAGACUGUACACUCAAUGGAUGGUGCAGUGUGUCCCUUGGAAGAACUGUGCGAUGUGGCCCAUGAGUUUGGAGCGAUCACCUUUGUGGAUGAGGUCCAUGCGGUGGGGCUGUACGGAGCUCGAGGUGGAGGAAUCGGCGACCGGGAUGGAGUUAUGCCAAAAAUGGACAUCAUUUCCGGAACGCUUGGCAAAGCGUUCGGCUGCGUGGGGGGGUACAUCGCCAGCACCCGCUCUCUGAUCGACACGGUGCGCUCGUACGCGGCCGGAUUCAUCUUCACCACGUCGCUGCCACCCAUGUUGCUGGCUGGAGCCCUGGAGUCCGUGCGGGUCCUGAAGAGCGCCGAGGGCCGGACACUACGCCGCCAACACCAGCGCAAUGUCAAACUCAUGAGGCAGAUGCUGAUGGAUGCCGGCCUGCCGGUCAUCCACUGCCCCAGCCACAUCAUCCCCGUGCGGGUCGCCAACGCAGCUAAAAACACCCAAGUCUGUGAUGAGCUCAUGAGCAGGCAUAACAUCUACGUCCAAGCCAUCAACUACCCCACGGUGCCACGAGGAGAUGAGCUUCUGCGCAUCGCCCCUACACCCCACCACACACCGCAGAUGAUGAACUACUUCCUGGAGAACCUGCUGGCCACGUGGAAGCGAGUAGGCCUGGAACUCAAGCCACAUUCCUCGGCCGAGUGCAACUUCUGCAGGAGACCAUUGCAUUUCGAAGUGAUGAGUGAACGAGAGAAAGCCUAUUUCUCAGGCAUGAGCAAGAUGGUAUCUGCCCAGGCCUGACCCUGACCUCCCCCCCCACCCUCCUAUCCCACCUGACCCCAGGCCAUUAUCAUAUCCCCACAGUCCCCACAGUUGUCUUUAUAUGUGAAUUAAAUUAUAUUAAAUUUUAAUCUAUAGUUAAUAACAUAGUCCUGGAAAUAAAUUCUUGUUUAAGUGA